AUGCCGAACCAGGAACCGAUUAAGGAGGAUGAAGGAGCAGGAAAGGGCAAGUAUGAGCCUCCCAAUCAUGGCCUCCAAGAAGCAGGCCAGGACCAGAAGCUCGUCGACAAGGUGUGCGGAGGCUUGAGAAGUGGAAAGCGGAUUGUGAUAACUGUCAACACUGGAGCGACUGAGAUUUUGGAGCGGGUCCCCACAAUAUUGCAGACAUCGCUACUAUGUGCACCCAACGUCUACCUCUUCUCAGACCUCGCACAUAAAUUAGGAGAUCGCCAAGUCUACGAUUGUCUAGACACCGUCCCCGCUGAAGUGAUGGACGGAAACCCAGACUUCGACCUCUAUCGAAAACAACUGGAGCUCAAAGACCCAGUUCGAAUUGCUGAAUUCCUGAAGGGGAUGAAAGAUCCGCGGAAUUCAGACAUAGUAGCAGCUUGGACACUGGACAAGUACAAGAAGCUGCAUAUCCUCGAGAAGGUAUGGGAUCUGAACCCAGACAUGGACUGGUACCUCCACGUCGACGCCGAUACCUACAUCAUCUGGUCAACCCUUGUUGAAUGGCUCGCAAAGCUCGACCCAACGAGGGAGUCAUACCUCGGCUCUGUAUCAUAUAUCAACAACCUCCCAUUUGGACACGGCGGAAGCGGGAUGCUUCUGUCCGGCGCCGCGAUGCGCAAUUUCGUCGUCCAACACAACGGAACCGCCGGCCGCUGGGACUACAAGAUGCAGAAUGAGUGCUGCUCCGACUUCGUCCUUGCCCAAAUAUUAAAGGAGUAUGGAAUGGAGCUUAUAAAUUCGUGGCCGACGAUUCAGGGGGAACCUCAGAGCUCGAUUCCGUUUGAUGGGACUCAUUGGUGCGCGCCUGUGUCGACGAUGCACCAUGUGUCGCCGCUGGAGGCUGCGCAAAUGGGAGCUUUCGAAGCAGAGCGGAAAGACAAGACUAAACCGCUCACGUUCGAAGAACUCUUCAACGGCCUCGUCUCCGACCUGAUCCCGCAAAACCUCGAUGACUGGGACAACAUGGCGCUAGGGCACACCGCAGACGAUGUCCACUCCUACGCCGACUGCGUCGACGCCUGCAAGAAAGAUUCGAAAUGCUUACAAGCACAGUGGAAAGGGGAAGAAUGCGUGCUGGGCACGGAUGAUGUGAAGCUCGGUGUGAAGCAUGUGGAAGGGGAUGAGAACAAGAGGUGGAAGAGUGUCUGGAUGAAGGAGAGGAUCAGGGAGUGGGCGGAGAGGCAGAAGUGUCAUAGGAAGAUGAAGUUUCCGUUUGAGGAUGGGAAGCAUCCUUGAAAUGAAGCAUGAAUGAGAGCGGGAAUUCAAAAGGACGGCCAAGUGAUUAGACGCAUAGGGUAUGUCAGGGAAGACAUUAACAUGAAAUUUGCUGUUCGGCGUUCAGGGGCACGGGAUGUAAAAUGAAUAAAAAUAGAUACCACUGCGGUGUAUGAUAGACAUCAUGAUGGGAAAGGGCAACACGCCGCCCAGUAUAUAUAUUCAAAAUCAAAAUAACAUUGUC